CUUCGAUAUAUAUAUAAUUGUUAAAAAUUUAUUAAGAGAUCAUUAAUUAAAAAUAUGAGAGCAAUAACACGAAUUAUUAUAAAAUUUAGUACUGCAACAACUAUAGGUUUUAGUGGUUGGUAUCUGGGAAAAUAUUCGGAACAAAAACGACAUUUGAAUACAGAAAUAAGAGACAGUGGAAAUAUUUUUUCGAAUGUAAACAUCAAAGAAAUGCCUGGUUUGCCUUUAUUUGGAACUGUUUCGGCAGCAGUUCCUACAGAAUUUAAUACAGAAAUGGGUUCAAAAUUAUCAUCAACAGCUACUAGAAUAUCUGAAAUUAUGAAAUAUGGUUUUCCUGGAUUAGAUCAUGUUAGGUCUUAUGAAGAUUUUGUCCUUUCUUAUGACAGAAGAAAUAGAGUAGCACAUUGGGUUUUUGAACAUUUAAAUAAAGAAAAAUUACAAACUAAUCAGGAAAUAUCACGUAGUAAGUGUGAAUUCAAAUCAGAUCCAAGUAUACAUCCUUUUUUUAGAGCAGAAAACAAUGAUUACAAAGGCAGUGGAUAUGAUCGUGGACAUUUAGCAGCAGCUGGAAAUCAUAAAUGUGAUCAAAAACACAUAAAUGAAACGUUUUUUCUCUCAAAUAUUUCACCACAAGUAGGUGUAGGUUUUAAUAGGGAUUCUUGGAAUAGAUUAGAAAAGUAUGUUAGACAUUUAACUAAAAUUUAUAAGGAUGUAUAUGUAUGCACAGGUCCUUUGUAUUUGCCAAAAAUAGAGGCUAAUGGAAAAAAAUAUGUUCGAUAUGAAGUUAUUGGUACAAAUCAUGUAGCAGUACCUACUCAUUUCUAUAAAAUAGUUGUUGGUGAAACACACGAUUCAAAAUUAGAAAUGGAAGCAUUUGUAAUGCCAAAUACUCCUAUAGAUGACAAUACACCUUUAACAAAUUUUCAGGUGCCACCAGAAAGUAUAGAACGUGCUGCUGGACUUUUAUUUUUUGAUAAAAUCUCACGUGAUAAAUUAAAUAAAAUAAAUGGAAAAAAAGUUUGAAAAUUAGAACAUAAAACUAUUAAACAAAAUUAAAGUAAAUAAGAUAUUUAACUUUAAUAGA